ACACACUUAAUUUACAAAAUACCGAUUUUAAAAAGAAAAAAUUAUAGUCUACAUUUUGAGUCGUAAAGUUAUACUGUCAAAUGCGAACGUAUGUAAUACAUGUUAAGUCUAUAUUAUUAGGUCUAUAUUAUUUUAGCGUAUAAUGCAGACUGUUUUUUUCGUUCGUGAAUUGACAAAAAUACUCUUGAUAUCUUUGAGUAGCCUAAUUUAAGCUCAUUUUGUGCAUUUAUCGACUGAAACUGGUACCAUAACAAGCCUGACAGUGAGCGUGAUAUUGAGAGUUAUCAAAUUCAUUCGGUAUCAGUUUAUUUAUUCAUUUCUGUGACGGAAAGAAUCUGAUAAACAUUUCACUUUUUACAGCGCCACUUUGUGGCCGUUUGUGUUCUAGCCAGCUAUAGAGUCCCUGAGAAAUAUUUGGUGAAAAGUGUGACUCGGCCAACUAACCCAUGUCUAAAGCUUUGGGAUAAUAUAGAAACUUUUGCACGUUCUCUAGAAAUCUAUCCUGACGUGUAGAGGAAUGGGAUUGUGAAUUAUUCACGUUUCUGCAUGAAUUAUGUUCUCUUUGGCAGCACAACGCACAUCAUUAUUCAGAUGAGCGUAAGAAUUCAACACGCGAAUAUGAUUUCAAGCCUUUACCAAACAGCGUGAAAGACAUAAAAGCUUGAACUACUCAGUCAUACUCUCACAAGUCACAAGCUGUACGGAUUUGGAGUCCACAUGAACUGGAUCCAGAGUGUUGUGGUUCACUCACUGAUUUCCUCUCUUGCUUUUGGGAUACCCAACGAGUUAUCCCAUCAGUUAUCUGGAAAUGUCAAAGGAAAAAUCAUUUUUCAUCAAAUGGAAGGGAAUUCAACAUACUUGCGGGAUAGUGGGAAGCUGGCGUCUUACAUACCCACCGUGGUUUCAUUUGAGCUGUCUGACCCGAGACAUAACUUGCACUCUGUCACAUUUAUAUACACAUGGGACUUGGGCAAUGGGGAAGUGCGUAAAGGCUCAGAGCCUUUUGUGAAGUGUUACUACACAUUACCAGGAAACUACACGUUUAAAUUGAGCAUUACAACCAAUGCACCCCACCAUUCCAGAAUGACUGGGCUGUACUCUGCAGAUUUAACUGUGUUAGAUGCCAUAAGAAGCAUUGAAUUGAGAGGACCUUUAAUUUAUAAUGUGGAUGAAAGCAGCAAUCUGUCCUUUCAAGUUGGAGGAAGUCCUCCAGUUUGGCUGUGCUGGAGAGUUUUGUCUGAUUGUCAAACACCCAGUCCAGAUUCCUGCAAUUUAGUCAGGCUCUACGGGAACAUAUUCAAUCUGAGCUACACCUUCACAUCAGUAGGAACAUAUUGCUUAGACCUGAGUGUGAGAAAUAAUAUCAGCAACCUCCAGACAUCCUACAACAUCUAUGUGCAGAGCAGCCAUGUGAGUCUUAUCUUCAUUUUGCCCUGCGCUGCAGUGAUUAUUGCUACCCUCAUAUUCAUCUCUGUGACAGUGUGUCGUCCACGGCAGCAAUCCCUCACGUCUAAGGCACUGGUGGCAGAUAUGAAAUAUCUAUCCUUCACAGACAUCGAGCUGCGUGUCAAGGAUGCAACCAUCCCUUUACAGGGUAAUUCUCCUGCUUCUAAGACAAAUGAAGCCUUGCCCCUUCUUCAUCAGCCAGAGGCUUCCUACAACACCCAACCCUGUUAGUCUCACUGUGACCGCCCCGGUCUUCAGUACACUUGAAGUAUUCCUUUCAAUCCAUCUUUCAUUGCAUUAUUUUGCUACGUUGUCUAUCUAUUUACAUUUGAAGCUAAGAUAGAGAUAGGCAGGUUUAGACUCACCAUCCUAUGAAUCAACACAAUGCAGAACCCAUAAAAGCUUUUAAUUUUGCUCAUCUGAAUCACCCUUUUGUGUCAAUGUGAACACACUAAUUCUUCUUCCUGUUUUCUCUGCUCUUUUAGUUCAUACUUGAGUGGGUUUCAAGGUUUCACUUCACAAAGGUUCCAUUUGUUAAUGCAAAACUCCUUGAGAUCCUAAUGGAUGUUGACAUUGGUGAUGAACCUUUAAAAGUAGGAGAGUAUAUGAGGUUAGAUGGAUUGCAUGCAGUUCAACAAGUGUGCCAUGGAAUAUUGUUACAAUUUUAAACCUGACCCAAAUGUACAAAACACACCGAUGUACAGAACAGCAUGAUCAUUCUUUGCGAGUGAUUAUGAGUGAGAGUUUCCUUGUAUAAGACCUAGAGCUCUUUCUGCUGGAAUGAAUGAAUCUGACCUGUAUAUUCCUGCUGUGAUGAUCAAUGACAUUUGCCAUCUGCACUGUGAGGUACCAGGAAGACAAGAAUUACAGCUCCACAAGGGACUGCAAAAUAUCUCUCUAGGUUAAAGGCUACAGAUGAGCAAUGCAUCAUAUGUCUAGUAAUAACUGUGCCCUUCAGCUCAAAAGUAGCUGAGGCAUUAUUCUUGCCCUUGGAAGUGUAACGGGAGUCAUAUGUAUGACUUGAAUAUGUUUCUUUACAAAAGUUUAGCAAAGAUUUAGCACCAUUUUUUCAUGAGGAAACAGUCGACCACUUAAUACAACCUGUCACCUACACACUGA